AUGGCACUUUCUUUUGACAGGCCAGAGGAAGAAAGAAAUCUUGCGAACUCCUUUGUUCGUUCGAUGGAGGAAGACUGCUUGAACCAAAUUCUUGAUGAUAGCAUAUUCAAUGGUGGAAACAUUGAAACAGUUAAAGGUCUGGCGAAUCUUGCAAAAAGAUGUUCAAGGUUAAAAGGGGAGGAAGGGCCUAUCAUGAAAGAAGUAGCAUCGGAGCUAGAGGGAAUGAGAGUUACGGUGAAGCAGCAUGCAUGGGGAAAUGCUGAUCUCUGUCUAGAAGAGACUGAGUACUUGCUGGGGUCACCAAUUCAUUCAGAAGCUUUUAGAAUCUGUUCGUCUCUAACAAACACUACAUUACAUACAAGAAGUUGUCCAAUUAACACAAGAUAA